ACUGCCCGUUCAGUUUGAACGUUUGGCACUGGAUUUCGAUAACGGCGCGCGACGGUCACUUGGCGAAACGAAUAUCGAAAAAACCGACGAAUCGAAACUCGGGGAUCACGGAUUCGACUCACUUGAUUCAGAACCUUGCCGAAUCCGAAUGCCAUGCGAUGCGCGCGCCAAUCCGCUGAACAACAUUCGCCCAGUGAAUUUUGCAAUUAAUUUGCAAAUCAAUUUCGACCCGCCGCCGUCGCGCGCACACACACACACGCAAGCACCCGCACCGCGCACACAUACACACACACACACACAUACACACCGCGACACGCGUAGUGAGAAAAAAAAGUGGCAAUAAAAGCAAAAGAAGAGAAAAAAUACAACGGUCGUGGUCGUGGGAAAAUCGAUUUUCCUUUUAAACAAAUCGCUGCUAGUUUGGGCUUUUCCAAGCGCCUCUACUGCAAUUCCUUUGCUUUUUUUUCUGUGCAAAGUACGCCGAAAGAGCGGCGUGAACCGGUGCAGAGAGAGAGCGAGUGUGAAGAGGUGAGAGAGAGGAAGGUGUUCAUCGGCGGAAAAUUAGCAAGGCAACAAACGUUUAUAAAUAUAAACACAUAUAUUCCAAUAUAAAAAUCGCAAAUAUUAAUGACGAGACAAGAGCGCCUGCAACAACAGCAACCACAGCAACAACUGCAACAAAAGCAGCCCAGCAACCAGGGAUUCUAAUUUGAAAAUAAACCAAACAAAUCCAAAUCGGCGGGAGCGACAAGGAGGAGAGGAGAGUGCGAAAGAGAGGCGCCAACAAAAGUGUAUCACUUAGCAGCGGCACACCCAGGAACGCGGAAAACUCCCGCCCACCCUCGCCACGCCCCUCGCCGCCCAGCACACCCAUUACCAAUACCAAUAACAGCAAUAGCAACAACAAUAACAGCAGUCUGUUAUUGCAGCGAAGAAACGCCGAGGAAGAGGCAGACGGAGACGGAGACAGAUAGAAACCCAAAAGAAACCCAAACAUUCGGACUCUCGCUCUUCUUCUUCCCAAUACGUUUUGGCAUGGAAAACAUGAAAUGUCUGACCAGGAAACAGAGCUGAGAGUCUCAAAUGCAAGAAAGCCAACGCCAGCGGCAGCAACCACGUCCAAGUUCACCAACAGCUGAAGAGGAAGCGGAGGAGACGAGACCGCGGAGCAGCACAGCCAGGAGCUGAUAGAGCAUCCGGAGCACCACACAUAUUGACCUGGGGUGCCUGGACCAACCAACUUCCGUUCCGCUCGGCGGCAAUCGCUGAGCUUCAGGCACAAACAAACUUACAAACCCUUAGUAUCUUUAGCCGGGUAGCUGACUCAUCCGGGAGUCGGGAUCGAACGAACGAACUAACGAACAAACAAGGCAGAUAAGGAUUCCAGAUUGCGGAAUUGCCAGAUUGCCAGAGCACAAGUCUACUUAAGGCUGGAGGACCAUAGCCACUUAAGUUACGUUAUUACACACAAAAACUAAGAACUAAAAACAGAAAACAAAAAACCAGACACAACCCGCAAACCAAGAUGAACUCCACCACAAAGCAUCUGCUGCACUGCGCACUGCUCAUCACUGUGAUAGUUACCUUCGAAGUAUUCUCCGGCGGUAUUAAGAUUGACGAGAACUCGUUCACGCUCGUGGAUCCUUGGACUGAAUACGGCCAGUUGGCCACGGUUCUGCUGUACUUACUGCGCUUUCUCACGCUGCUCACGCUGCCCCAGGUGCUGUUCAACUUCUGCGGCCUGGUAUUCUACAAUGCCUUCCCCGAGAAGGUCGUCCUCAAGGGCAGCCCCCUGCUGGCGCCCUUCAUCUGCAUCCGUGUGGUCACGCGCGGCGACUUCCCGGACCUGGUGAAGACGAAUGUGCUGCGCAACAUGAACACCUGCCUAGACACGGGACUGGAGAACUUUCUCAUCGAGGUGGUCACGGACAAGGCGGUGAAUCUGUCGCAGCAUCGGCGCAUCCGGGAGAUCGUGGUGCCCAAGGAGUACAAGACGAGAACCGGCGCGUUGUUCAAGUCGCGCGCCCUGCAGUAUUGCCUGGAGGAUAAUGUGAACGUGCUGAACGACAGCGACUGGAUCGUCCAUCUGGAUGAGGAGACGCUGCUCACGGAGAAUUCGGUGCGUGGAAUCAUUAACUUUGUGCUGGAUGGCAAGCACCCGUUUGGCCAGGGCCUGAUCACCUAUGCCAACGAGAACGUGGUCAAUUGGCUGACCACCUUGGCGGACAGCUUUCGGGUCUCCGAUGAUAUGGGCAAGCUGCGCCUGCAGUUCAAGCUCUUCCACAAGCCGCUCUUCAGCUGGAAGGGCAGCUAUGUGGUCACCCAGGUGAGUGCUGAGCGUUCAGUGUCCUUUGACAACGGCAUCGACGGCUCGGUGGCCGAGGAUUGCUUCUUCGCGAUGCGUGCCUUCAGCCAGGGAUACACGUUCAACUUCAUCGAGGGCGAGAUGUACGAGAAGUCGCCGUUCACGCUGCUGGACUUCCUGCAGCAGAGGAAGCGUUGGCUCCAGGGCAUCCUGCUGGUGGUGCACUCCAAGAUGAUCCCCUUCAAGCACAAGCUCCUGCUGGGCAUCAGUGUCUACUCGUGGGUCACCAUGCCGCUGUCCACGUCGAACAUCAUCUUUGCGGCACUGUAUCCCAUUCCCUGCCCCAAUCUGGUUGACUUCGUGUGCGCCUUCAUCGCGGCCAUUAAUAUCUACAUGUACGUCUUUGGCGUAAUCAAGUCCUUUUCGCUGUACCGCUUCGGUUUGUUCCGAUUCCUGGCCUGCGUGCUGGGUGCGGUGUGCACGAUACCCGUGAAUGUGGUCAUCGAGAAUGUGGCCGUCAUUUGGGGCCUGGUGGGCAAGAAGCACAAGUUCUAUGUGGUUCAGAAGGAUGUGCGCGUACUGGAGACUGUCUAGGAUAUUGUGGAACUGGAGAAGGGAGUCAUCGAGUGCAGCCAUGGUCAUCAUAUCGCCCCCAGAAACCAAAAACCAAAUUAAGCAAGGCAAAAACAAACGAAAUUUCGCACAAUUCGGCCAGGCUCAGUGCGUUGUCCUGGCACAAUCUGAUUGAUUUACUUUAUUUGUACAUUUUAUAAGCAUAAGAGUCACUCAACAACCACACCCACACCCACACCACACCACAUACACCACCUGCACACACGCACAUAUAAUUGUUGUUUCGUUCUAAAGUCAUGGUCAUUCGCAACUUUGCCAAAAAGAAAAGGAAAUCAGAUCAGAUCAUCGUAGUAGCAAUCAGCACGGAUUACAAGCAUACCAGGGUGUCCGACCCAAAGAACAAAUGCAAUAGACAACGUCUUGGAGCGAGAUCUAUGAUCUAGUGCAUCACUCACUAGAAGAUGCAACUGCAA